GAAGCCACGCUUGUUGACGUCACUUCCGAAUGACGGACUCAUUCUGAGAUUCUGGACGGACGAGUAUAUUUUUCUUAUUACAGACAUGAGGCUGAAUUUGGUAUUAGUUGUCACUCUGAUGUCCAUCCCCAUGGCACUUGUGCAGGGGGCUGAAAAGAAAAAACUACAGAUCGGAAUCAAGAAAAGAGUGGACAACUGUCCUAUCAAGUCCCGAAAGGGUGACGUGUUGAACAUGCACUACACUGGGAAACUGGAGGAUGGGACAGAAUUUGACAGCAGUAUACCAAGGAAUCAGCCCUUCACCUUCACUCUUGGCACGGGACAGGUCAUAAAGGGCUGGGAUCAGGGUUUGUUGGGGAUGUGUGAGGGUGAGAAGAGGAAGCUGGUUAUUCCCUCUGAGCUUGGUUAUGGCGACAGGGGAGCACCACCUAAAAUUCCAGGUGGAGCCACACUCAUCUUUGAAGUAGAACUGUUGAGCAUUGAGAGAAGAUCUGAUUUAUAGUGACAGACAUGUCAGUCUUAAGCAUUUAAAAUCAGUAUGCUUGCAACACUGCUGUACUGGAUAUACCUGCAUAGCAAUUUCAGGUGUUAAAGACCAUUUUCAGUUAUUCAAGCGGUUACAGAAACCGAAUAAGCUCAGUAAUCAUAAUUUUCAAAUUUUUUUGGAUGUUUACCUUUCAAGAAAAGAAUGACAGACAUGUAUGUAGCACCAUUCUUUAUUUGAGAGCCUUACUACAUGUAUUUGGUUGUGAGAGUGCACACAGUACAGUUUUUUUUGCCAUUCCAACAAGUUCUGAUCAGUAACAUUUGCAUUUCUGAAAUCUUGUUCACUUGAAAUAAACAUUUUAUUUACAAAAGA